AUGGCACCCCACUUGGAUAACGAAGCUCGCGUCUCUUUCCAGUUCUUCUCGUCCCUCGCGGAGCUUCUCGCAAAGACCUCCCAACAGGCUCACGGCUCUGUGUUUCUUUCUCAAAAGCCCCUCAUCGAUGGCGUCUCCAAUUCGUCUCCGUCUAUCCUGAUCCGGGCCACAGAUGGCAAUACCAAUGCGCCCAACCCCAAAUCCGCCGGUGAGGGUUCAGGUGUUGCUAAGACGACCUCUUCUAAGAACAAGAACAAAGUCAAGCUGUCGACUAUCGUGGAGUCUCAGAAUCUGGAUGGCUUUUACACACGUUAUGCGGACAUCUGCAAGGCUGGCAUGACUGGCUUGAAGAAACGAGACCGCAGCAAGCGCAAGGCCAAAGGCAAAAGCGGCGCGGCCAAGACACCAAAGGCAUAA